ACUGAACCAUUCUAACCUGCACAUUCAUUUUUCUUUCGUAGGAGCGGCUGGGUUCACUUUGGCGAGAAGGAAUUGGUCUCCCAAUGGUUUUCGUAGGUAGCCUUCGGGCGAAUAGCGCGUCUUGCGCUAAGCAAUUACGCAUAACUCACACCCGAGCAUUGCACGCGACCGCUCCACGUCCUUCACAGAGCUUGGGCACUCAGAUAGCUGCUAGGUUAGCCAGCCCAAGACACUUUUCGACAUCCCUCGUUACCCCUGCUCGAUCAUCUCCUCUUCUAUCUUCUCCACGCUGGUCAGGUAAUAAACCCACCCCUCCAGCUCCGUCAGAACCUGAGAAUGACGCCGCAGAAUCGAGCAGCAAGUCUGUCAAACUUGAUGCUGCAGAUGACGAAAGUCCAGCAGGCACAUCUUCCCAGUCAUCACCCCCACCGUCUUCCUCCAGCGGAGAUAGUGGUGACGGUUCCGAUCCACCACCUCCACCACCUCCACAGCCAACCCCUACUCCUAGCUCAAUAGCUAAACAAUCCGUACCAGAAGUCUAUCCCCAGGUCCUUGCUCUCCCUAUCGCACGACGUCCCCUCUUUCCCGGUUUUUACAAGGCUGUUGUCGUUCGCAAUCCAGCUGUCGUCGCCGCUAUCAAGGAAAUGAUGAAGCGCGGUCAACCCUAUCUCGGCGCUUUCUUGCUUAAGGACGAGCACACGGAUAGCGAUGUCAUUACAGACAUAAAUUCGGUUCAUCCGGUCGGAGUCUUUGCUCAGAUCACUAGUGUGUUUGCUGCAAACAGUGGUACUGGCGACGACAAGGAAGAGGGUCUCACUGCUGUUUUGUAUCCACACCGUAGAAUCAAGAUAACGGAACUACUCAAGGCUGGCGAACAAGCUAGUACUGCUAACGUGCAGGAAGAAACGCAAACGGUUACCCCACCUCCCACGCCCACUGAAGGUGAUGUCGCGAAGAUAUCGCAGGGUCCCGUCCAAACCUCGUUCCUACACAAGCAUGCUAUCUCCAUCGUUCAGGUAGACAACCUCGUAACACAACCCUACAACAAAGACGACCAGUACAUCCGCGCCUUUAUGUCUGAAAUUGUUUCCGUCUUCAAGGACAUCGCCCAGCUUAACCCCCUCUUCCGCGACCAAAUUACCAACUUCUCUAUCAACCAGGUUGCAUCCAAUGUCUUUGAUGAGCCCGACAAGCUCGCCGACUUUGCGGCCGCUGUAUCCUCCGGUGAGGUUGGGGAACUUCAAGAAGUCCUCGAGAGUCUCGUCGUCGAUGACCGUCUCCGCAAGGCCCUCCUCGUUCUCAAGAAAGAGCUCAUUAAUGCCCAACUCCAGAGUAAACUCUCACGCGACGUCGACAGCAAGAUUGCGAAGCGCCAGCGCGAGUACUACCUGAUGGAGCAGCUCAAGGGAAUCAAAAAAGAGCUCGGUAUGGAGUCGGAUGGAAAGGACAAGCUCAUUGAGAAAUUCAAGGAGCGCGCCGCCUCGUUGAAGAUGCCAGAGGGCGUCCGGAAGGUCUUCGAUGAGGAACUCAACAAAUUGAUGGGACUAGAACCUGCUGCUUCAGAGGCGAAUGUAACGCGUAAUUACCUUGAAUGGCUUACUCAGAUACCAUGGGGCCAGCACACCCCCGAGAACUACUCCAUCACACACGCUCAGACAGUCCUAGAUGAAGACCAUUAUGGCCUCAAAGACGUUAAAGACCGUAUACUGGAAUUUCUUGCUGUGGGGAAGCUUCGAGGAACGGUUCAAGGCAAGAUCAUCUGCCUCGUUGGGCCUCCUGGCGUUGGCAAAACAUCGAUCGGCAAAUCGAUCGCCCGCGCGCUUAACAGGCAAUUCUUCCGCUUUUCGGUUGGAGGUUUGACGGAUGUGGCAGAGAUCAAGGGCCAUCGGAGGACGUAUGUCGGUGCGCUUCCUGGAAAGAUUAUCCAAGCGCUGAAGAGGGUAGGAACGGAGAAUCCGCUGGUCUUGAUUGAUGAGGUAGAUAAGAUUGGGAGAGGCAUCAAUGGCGAUCCUGCUAGCGCGCUGCUUGAGAUGUUGGACCCUGAACAAAACAACGGAUUUUUGGAUCACUACAUGGAUGUCCCCGUCGAUCUGUCUCGCGUUCUGUUUGUCUGCACAGCCAACAACCUUGACACGAUACCAGCACCUCUCCUUGAUCGUAUGGAGGUCCUUGAAGUCAGCGGUUAUGUCUCCGAGGAGAAAUGCGUCAUUGCCGAAAAGUACCUCGGACCGCAGGCAAAGGAAGCAUCAGGGCUGAAGGACGCUGACGUUCUUGUUGAGCCCUCCACUGUCGACGUGCUCAUUAAGUAUUACUGCCGAGAAAGCGGUGUACGGAACCUGAAGAAGCAUAUUGACAAGAUAUACCGGAAGGCUGCAUUGAAGCUCAUCCUCGAUCUUGGCGAAAAUGUCUUCCCUGAACCGGUCCCACUUGCGUCCACUAGUGCACCUGCCCCAUCCAGUUCUUCAGAUGCGCAACCCAAGACUGUCGAGUCUCAAGAACCACGUGCUAACGAGCCCAACGAAGCCAUAUCAGAGGAAAGUACGAGCAAUGAAUCUGGCGACCGCAAAACUGUGACGACACAAGAGCGCAAGCCACUCCAGAUCCCUGAUGAUAUUCAUGUCCGCAUCACGCCGGAGAACCUGAAAGACUAUGUUGGUCCGCCUGUCUAUCACAAAGACAGGAUGUACGUGGCUCCUCCGCCUCCAGGUGUCAGCACUGGUCUAGGAUACUUGGGCAAUGGGUCUGGCGCUGUCAUGCCCGUCGAGGCUACUAGCAUGCCCGGCAAGGGUGGAUUGCAACUGACCGGUAAACUUGGCGAGGUCAUUCGUGAGAGUGCGCAGAUUGGGCUUAGUUGGGUCAAGGCGCAUGCAUACGAACUUGGCAUCACCAAGACGCCCGAUGAACAAUUCCUCACAGAUCGUGAUAUCCACGUCCACAUGCCUGAGGGUAGUAUUGGAAAAGAAGGUCCUAGUGCUGGGACUGCCAUUUUAUCCGCCUUUGUGUCUCUCUUUACCAAGACGAAGAUUCAUCCAGACAUCGCUAUGACUGGCGAGAUAUCGCUCGUCGGCCAAGUGCUUCCUGUCGGCGGUCUCAAGGAGAAGAUCCUAGCUGCCCAUCGCGCAGGAAUAAAGACGAUCCUAGCGCCCGCAGCAAACCGCGCCGAUAUUGAAGAGAACGUCCCAGAGAGCGUCAAGACAGGCAUCCGCUUCGUAUAUGUCGAAGACGUACGAGAGGUCCUGCAUGAGGUUUUCCGAGGUCAGGAGAUCGUUGAGCGGUGGAAGGAUACGUUAUCGCUAUAGUCUGGUGUGGUUAUUUGCUGCAUGAUUACUUAUUCUAUUUCGUUCGAUCGAUCGAGGGGGGGGGGGGGGG